CUUCAUCACACAAACAACCCGAGCCUCAUCCUCCGGACCUUUAUUUUCACUAAAUACAGCAGAUUUUACCUGCACUUUUUAAAAAAUGGGCGUCUUCUUCUCUAACCUUUUCUCGCGUCUCUUCGAGAAAAAAGAGAUGAGGUUGCUUAUGGUUGGUCUGGAUGCAGCAGGGAAAACAACAGUGCUCUACAAACUCAAACUCGGUGAAGUUGUCACAACUAUUCCAACUCUAGGUUUUAAUGUUGAGACAGUUGAAUAUAAAAACAUCUCCUUCACCGUUUGGGACGUCGGCGGUCAGGAUGUUAUCAGACGCCUCUGGAGACAUUACUAUCAGAACACUAAGGGCCUGAUCUUUGUGGUGGACAGCAGUGAUCAUGACCGGAUUGAAACAGCAGCAGAGGAACUAAACGCGAUGCUGGCGGAGGACGAGAUGAGAGACGCGCUUCUGUUAGUUCUUGCUAACAAGCAGGAUUUACCCAAAGCCAUGGCGGUCCACGAGCUGACAGACAGACUGGGUUUACACGCACUGAGAGGAAGACAGUGGUUUGUUCAGGCCACAUGUGCGGUUCAAGGAUCAGGUAUAUAUGAAGGACUGGAUUGGCUCUCGGAUCAACUGUCCAAACGAUAAAACACUGCAGCGUUCAAUCUACUUGAAGAAAGGACACUAAAUCAGAACUGAAUGUAUAUAUUAUC